AUGCCCAAAGUCUUUCUGGUGAAGAGGAGGAGCCCGGGAGUCUCGGUCCGCAGCUGGGAUGAGCUCCCGGAUGACAAAAGGGCAGACACCUACAUCCCAGGUGAGGAGCGCGGGGGCCCGGCCUGGGCGCGGGGCUCCCGGUUUACCACAGGCACGUGCAGUGACUCUGUGAUUCACAACUGUGACCUGUGUGGCAAGAGUUUCCGCCUUCAGCGCAUGCUCAACCGUCACCUCAAGUGCCACAACCAGGUAAAGAGGCACCUGUGCACCUUCUGCGGCAAGGGCUUCAAUGACACCUUCGACCUAAAGAGGCAUGUACGCACACAUACAGGCAUUCGCCCCUACAAAUGUGAUGUCUGUUACAAAGCCUUCACCCAGCGAUGUUCCUUGGAGUCCCACCUGAAGAAGAUCCACGGUGUGCAGCAGCAGUAUGCCUAUAAGCAGCGUCGGGAUAAACUCUAUGUGUGUGAGGAUUGCGGCUACACCGGCCCCACCCAGGAGGACCUGUAUCUGCAUGUGAACAGUGCCCAUCCAGGUAGCACAUUUCUCAAAAAGACAUCCAAAAAGCUGGCAGCCCUUCUGCAGAAUAAGCUGACAUCGCCGCUGCAGGAGAAUUCUACCCUGAGUGAAGAGGAGGAGAAAAAGUGA